AUGCCCAAGCAAACAGCAGUGACGAUUACUUUGGCGACCCUGAUGGGUGUUGCAGUGGGGGGCCUGGUUUUGUGGAAGGCAUCCCAGCGUCGCAAAGGAAAAGCAUGCUCUAGUAGUCAGCGGGAGGAAGCAGUUAUAAACUUGGCAGAUGAGAAACUGAAUAAGGCAGAGGGUAAGGAGGUGCUUUCCUUCUUCAGAUCUCCCACCUUUUCCUGGGUAGAAGGGACCCUUGGUGCAGACAUAGUGAUAGUUUCAGAGCAGGAGGAGUGGGAUCGUGUUGAACCUUUGCUGAAGAAGGAGCUGGAGAAGUGGCCAGUGCUUGGAAUUGAUUGUGAGUGGGUAUCUGUGGAGGGAAAAGCAAAUCCUGUAUCCCUCCUACAGAUGGCUUCUUCCAGUGGCCUCUGCAUUCUUGUUCGGUUGUCCAGGCUUGUUGCCAGUGGACAGACUAUCCCAAAGACCCUGUUGGACAUCAUGGCAGAUAGUGCUGUGUUGAAAGUUGGGGUAGGAUGCUGGGAAGAUGCUUGCAAGUUACUUCAUGAUUAUGGUCUUCCAGUCAAAGGGAGCAUGGAUCUCCGGUAUUUAGCCAUGAGACAGCGGAAGGAUCUACUUCACAACUGCCUUAGCCUUAAGUCUUUAGCUGAAAAAGUCCUCAACUGCCCGCUUGACAAGUCUCCUCAUGUGCGUUGCAGCAACUGGGAGGCAGAAGAACUGUCACGAGAUCAG